GGGUGUGGACAUGUUUUUAUUUCAUUUCUCUUUCAUUUUUUUUUUUUUUCUGAAGUUCGCUUGGUUCAUCCUAUCACACCAGCAGAAUUUGUGGAUCUUCAGACUGUGAGACUGCACCCUGCUCCCAUAAUAGCACUUUUAUAUACAGUUAAUUGAUUGGGUUAAGUAUGGUGUCACGUGUGUUCAGUGGGUGGAGCGAUUGUGUCCAAUCAGCGCUUGAGUUUAGGUUGUUGACAAGAAGAUCUGACCGCAGAGUGGUGUAUGAUCAAAACACUCAACAGGUCCCGCCUCUUCCCGGAAGCUAACGGUCAUCUGACUUGUCUCAUUUUUUUUCUGUUUCCUUGUUAGCCAGCGUCAGUACUAGCCAACAAAACAACCGUCCCACUUUCUUUCCCUCUUCUAUUUCGUCUUCAUAUCUCUUUCUUCACUCUCUCCAGGAGUUAAAACAACUCCUCGUCCCCCUCCGUUACCAUGGACGAGACGAGUCCGCUUGUCUCUCCGCUCCGUGACUCCGGUGAGUUCAGCUACUGUCCCACAGAGCCCACCAGCCCCCGGGGCGCGUUUGGAAGCACACCGGGCUCGGUGGUGCGUAUCUCGGCAGGCAGUCCGGGGCGCAGCCGGGAGAGACAGCCGUUGUUGGACCGGGACCGUGGAAACUCGCCGCGGGAGCCCCACAGGAACGAGUUUCCGGAGGAUCCCGAGUUCAGAGAGAUCAUCCGAAAGGCCGAGCGAGCCAUAGAGGAGGGGAUCUACCCGGAGAGGAUCUACCAAGGAUCCAGUGGAAGCUAUUUCGUCAAAGACUCACAGGGGAAAAUCAUUGGUGUGUUCAAACCUAAGAAUGAAGAGCCCUAUGGCCAGCUAAACCCCAAGUGGACCAAGUGGCUCCAGAAGCUGUGUUGUCCCUGCUGCUUUGGCCGCGACUGUUUGGUCCUGAACCAGGGUUACCUCUCGGAGGCUGGGGCCAGCCUGGUUGAUCAGAAACUGGAGCUCAACAUCGUUCCCAGGACCAAGGUGGUGUACCUGGCAAGUGAAACCUUCAACUACAGUGCCAUAGACAGAGUGAAGUCUAGAGGAAAGAGGUUAGCCCUGGAGAAGGUUCCUAAAGUGGGCCAGCGCUUCCACAGGAUUGGACUACCGCCAAAGGUCGGUUCCUUCCAGCUCUUUGUUGAUGGAUACAAGGAUGCAGAUUUCUGGCUGCGGAGGUUUGAAGCAGAGCCUUUGCCUGAAAACACCAACCGUCAGCUCCAACUGCAGUUUGAGCGGCUUGUAGUCCUCGAUUACAUCAUCAGGAACACAGACAGGGGAAAUGACAACUGGUUGCUGAAGUAUGACUGUCCCAUGGACACGGUUGGGAAUAGGGACACAGACUGGGUGGUAGUAAAGGACCCCAUCAUCAAGCUGGCAGCUAUAGACAACGGCCUCGCCUUCCCCCUCAAACACCCUGACUCAUGGAGAGCAUACCCGUUCUACUGGGCGUGGCUUUCCCAAGCCAAAGUACCUUUCUCCCAGGAGAUAAGAGAGCUGGUCCUGCCCAAACUCUCCGACCCAAAUUUCAUCAAAGACCUCGAAGAGGACCUAUAUGAAUUAUUCAAGAAAGACCCUGGUUUCGACAGAGGACAGUUUCACAAACAAGUAGCUGUAAUGAGGGGACAGAUCCUGAACCUGUGCCAAGCCCUAAAGGAUGGUAAGACGCCCCUUCAGUUGGUCCAGAUGCCCCCAGUAAUCGUCGAAACAGCCAGAGCACCUCAGAGAGCCAACAGUGAGUCCUACACACAGAGUUUCCAGAGCAGACGACCCUUCUUCACUUGGUGGUAGAGAAGACACAGCGAAGAGGACGAGGAGGAACAGCAGGAAGCCCGAGCGAGGAAAGGAGUGUGCGGAGUGUCGAUGUGCAGAUGGAAGACGGGGGAAGAAUCUGAGCGCACCAGUGUCGGUCCUGUAAUUGGAAAUGAUCAUCACCCUCCCCUCCUCUCCUUAAGGAUAUUUUCAUUACAAAGAGUGAGUGAGUGGGUGGAGAGAUGAGGCCAAAAGGGGAAGAAUUUCAUAACACGGCUUCCCCUAACUGCCUCCGUGCCUUGUGUGGAUGUCAGUGCAGAAUUAACACCUAAAUGAUGAGGUUCUGAAACUUCCUGAGAGAGAGAGAGGGAGAGAGAGAGAGGGAGCGAGAGACUUCAGCGAGACUUUUCUUUUUGACUGCUGGGUGCACGUUAUGUUGGCUCACACACAUGCGUGCCAGUCAAAAGCCUCUCAUAUUUUGUUUUUGGAGGUGCUGCAUUCCAUGUUUUUUUUUUCUUUUCUUUUCUUUUGUUCAUACCUUUCUGCCUUUUUCAAACUCACCCGUAUAAUCACUCCCAUGCAGUCAGAAGCCCUGGGCGGGUAAAAGAAGUGGUGCCACAGUGAAGAUAAGCAUUUCAUUUUUUCACAAAAAACGAGAAGUGUUAAAGAAAAAGGGCACUCAGUGGUUUGUAUGUCUUUACACAAUAAACACAAGCCAUGUGAACUGGUUUCACAGUUAGUCACUGCUCCUCUUAACUGUUUAGAUAAGCAUCUGCAAGUCAUCUGGUGUGAUGUUGGAAAGCAGAGGCACUUUUGGUUAGAGAAACAACUGUUUUCUUAAGCUUGUGACCGGCUCAUCUGUUUUUUCUUCUUUCACUGGUAAGAUAAAUAUAGGUGAUGAGGACAAAAUGAUCCUAUCUGCGAGCAGGGGUCGGGCACAUCCAGUCCACAAGCUCCUGCUUGUCUCGGCCAUGUUGAUUUCUGCUAAUUUCCUGGCUCAAGGGGGAAAACCUGAGUAAACAACAAAGUAACUUCCUGCUGUACUGAACUGACAUGAAAUGUAUUGUGACAAUGCACUGUAUAAUUUGUAUGUAAUAUUUAAUGAUAGAUUAUAAUUAAAACAGAUCCAUUAAUACAGA